UCAUCGUUGGCCUUGACCUCAUCACCACACUUCAUCAGCUCAUCAGCCGCAUCUCAAUCAUGGCAACUCGAUGGAACCCAGAUAACCCCACUCCCACCCCGUUCACUCCAACACAGAGCAUUAGAGGACGCAAUGAUGCUUCCACCCCUACACCCUCCCGCCGCACCAACAGCAUCCACCUUCCCUCAACAGCCUACGUGAUCCCACCCGUCUCCCGUCACACCCACAAUCAAGAGCAAGCCCGGGCGCCACACACCAACCUCGGCUUCUGUGAGACCAAGCAGACCGCCUUCGAGUGGCCAGUCAAGAAUGUGCGAGAGCUCAAGAUCCAGCUCGAGAAGGAGGCUGCACGCGGCCGCGGGGAAGACGCACCAGAGGACGACGAGCGGCAUGAGAUUCUCGCCGGAGACGAAACGUACUUUGACGACCUGUCGUACAAGCUCCAUCUCGAGCGGGCACCAGACACGAUCGACGAAUACUCGGACGGUGAAGGGGUGCAGGAACCGCGGAUCAUCCUCGCAAUCAUCGCCACCUGGGCCAAGUACUCGGACAUCCCCGCCGACGGUCUCUUCGCUCGCGAGGUCUUUGUGGGUCUAAAGCACUUUGAGCUGCCGGGCGAGCGCAUGCUUGGUGAGCCCGAGUGGCUGUGGAGCCAGUCUGCUAUCGCAACCUUUUCCAAGCGGCAGGAGUACCACGAAGUGGUGUUGCCGCCACUCAGUGUGCUUCUUGACGAUCCGGGAGUGCUGGAGCGUGACUCGUUCAGCAUCCGCAUCGUCGUCAAGCAUGCCUCAGAGGUCGGUCUUCCGCCCCUUGUGCACAGCGACCAGCAGUUCGUUUCCCGCCGUGUUACACGGAUGAAUGCCGCCCUUCUCGACUCCCAGCGCACAGGUGACGUCCGUUUUAUUUGUCUCGAGCACCAGGACGGCCCUGCCUCGGCCGACUACGAGGCGGUGGCGCGCCGCCGCAUAGUUUACGCGCACUGGGAGAUGCUUGUGCACGCCGAGUACUUCAAAGCGACUUUGGCUGGCGGGUUCUCAGAAGCCUCCGACGCGACCAUGACGACCCUGGUCGUUGACGACGCCGCUUUCAAUACGGUGUACUGGGUCCUGAGGUGGCUUUACACGGACGAGAUCCUGUUCACAUCGACGGACAGUGUGAGAGCCGUCAUGAGUCAGGUGAGGGUCGACCGCACAGCCGCGCGCCGCCUACUGAGCUCGGAAAACUGGGACUUUGUGCCUCUGGAGGAGGAAGACGACAUCGAGGCCCGCACGGUCCGCAGCGUCUCCAGCGUUGGCACUGCACCUUCAGCCGGGCGCCGGUCACCCCGCCACGGGCCCGUGCCCUCGGCCAAGUCUGAGGGAAGCGCCUCCAGACGACCCUCCGCCGCCUCAUCCUCGACCAGCACUCAGGCCACACCACGUCCUGGUAUAAGCCGCACCAAGUCCUCCUCUCCUGUUUCGACCGUACCUCGUAUCGCAAGUACUCCGCGCAAGCCCGCCCUUCCUGCCCUGGGCAAGGCGGCCGCCAAACUGCCUUCCACCGCCCCAACUUCCCCUGCAGCCGUGGGCCGCUCACCUUAUCCGAGCGGGGCACCUCGCCGGCCCCCACCUCCAGCGGAGCCACACAAGCAUCCCACCGUGCCGCCCACACCGCCGUCCCCACUCGCCGUCUUUUUCCUUGCCCACCGCUACGGCCUGGACGAGUUGCAAGCGCUGGCGCGCGACGCCCUGCUGCGCCAGCUCACGCCGAGCUCGUGCGUCGCCGCCCUCCUGGCCACAUUCUCGUUCUUCGAGCUGCACCAGGCGAUCAUGGACUAUGUGAUCGACCACUGGGCUGAGGUUUGCGCAUCGCCCGAGCUCGAGCGUUGCUACCAGGAGGUGUCGGCCGGGGUGUGGGGCGAGAACGACGGCGGCCAAGUUCUUCUGGGCCUUACCCGCCGCCUGACGGGAGUGUAAACUGGCAUGCUUGAUUUAGUGUGGCGUACUGUAAUGUCGUGAACACAUGUGCCUGUGAUGUACGACGCACGCUAUCACACAGGCGUCGCACGGUGUCUGAUGACGAGUACACGCCCAGUCGACGCGGCCACGAAGGCUUCAGGACGGAUCGAAACAAAAGGCAGAAGUGCGGGAUAGGCUGGCGCAUUCCUCGGGAGCGCAACAUGAGCAUGUGAAC